AUGAGUUAAAAUUACAAAUCAUGUCAAUUCAAUCAGAACGGGAUCGUUUGAAUUUACUGAUUAGUGAAUAUGUUAGUGACAAUUUAUCAACUUCAAUUGAUCGUAAUAUAAAGUCUCGAAAGGAUGCAUUAUGGAAAUUAAUUGCUGAUUUACGAUUAGCUUUUGAAAAUCCUAAUAGUUUAAAAACAAGUAUAAAUAGGUUGCAUGAUAUAUAUAAGCAAGAUGUUGAAAAAUCUAUUACAAGAAAUACAUGUGGAAGGCGUAUGAAAAAUGUUAUUACUAAUUUAGUUUCCCAGCAAAAACAACAAAAACAAAAACAUUAG